AGUGACCUGGAAGUUAUAUGAGCUCAUGUCGGAAAAUGGUUUGUGUCUAACGCCGUGGUCAACAGAAAGAAAAUAAGCGCUAGAUUCUAAGGAAAUUGUGUAAAAUGCUUUUCAUUCAACUUGCCAUAUGUCAUAGAAGGACUUUUAACGUUUGAUGUAGAUCACGUGUUGGUUGAGCCUAACGUCCGUUAUUCGUUAGUGUAAGUAAGUUAGCCUAAUUAACAUUGGCUAACGAGAAGUGACCAUGGGGAAGCGUUACUACUGUGAUUACUGUGACCGAAGUUUUCAGGACAACAUGCAUAACAGGAAAAAACAUUUAAACGGUGUUCAACAUCACAGAGCAAAGAAGGCAUGGUUUGACAAUUUCCGAGACGCUGCAGCCAUUCUUACAGAUGAACAGACAAAGAAACCUUGUAGGAAAUUCCUUCAGACAGGCCAGUGUGUGUUUGGCACAAACUGCCGUUUUUCUCACAUGACUGAGCGAGAAAUUGAACAUUUGAAGAGAUUGGCAGCAGAUCUUUUCACGUUGGCCCAGGUUCAGAUGGCAGGUACCCCAAGGCUGCGUCUGGACGGAGAGGGGCCGUGUCUGAGCCUUCAGUGGGCGAAUGGCUGGCCCGGAGGGAGAAGAGGAGGGCUGCUCUGGGCAGCGGAAGUGUCCUCAGUGACGAGGAAGAUGAGAAGCCCCUGGGUCUGGACCUUCCACAUCACUUCCUCUCCAUCCCAGACCUCCCUCCCUCUUUGAUGCCUCCGCCCCCUAGUGGAUGGACCACCACACUGCAGUCCCAAUGGGGAUGAGCUCCACUCAACUCCACUUCAAUCAACACAUUCAUGCCCUUAGGUGCUGGCAUAUGCAGAGUGUGGUCGGUGGAGCUAGGAUUGCCUGGACCACCGGCUUUUCCCCAAAGUGCACUCAUGAAUGACUCAUAAUGCCAUUUCAUCUCCUCACUGGGCAGAAAAGGAUGAUUGCUGACCAGUCUCCAUGGUUCUUGAGGAAACGUCUGCGUUCUGGCUGUGUCAGUUGUCCUAUAUUUAGACAUUCAGAGUGGGGUGUCUUGGCACGGCAAACCUUUGAGAACCAUCUGAAGCAUGUCUGCUCUGCCUGAUACCCAGGCAAAUGUGAGCUGACCGAGGAUUUGGUCCCUGUGGUUCAUUAAAUGACUUCUGCCAGCUGCCAUCAUCUAUAUUGGUGGUAGUGGAGACGUAUGGAUUUCUAAAAUUUUCUGUGGAACAGCCUCGUAGACACGACCGGCUGUGAGUUUUUACAGAUGCUUAUCUAGAUAACUCUCACGUCUUGAGGAUCUGUGUCACAUUAGCAUUUUGAUUACAUAACAUUUUAUUGACUAGGUUAGACAUUUUGGCAGAAAAUAUGUUCUACUUUUGAUUAAUUAUUCUGUUUUAUAAGUUUUGUACCUUAUGUCUCCUCUGUAUAUUGUGAUUAAAUGACUAUGGAGGAAAUAAA